AAACAUUCAAACAAAUACAUACCACUUCAAACUUGCCGUCAACGCUCACCCAAAGUUGGUUCAAAAACCAACAACCCAUAACCCAAUUAAACAGUAUAUAUACACACACUUCUCUAACCUUACCUCUUGCUUCUCCUUAUCCGUCUCCUUUUUGCAUGGGUUUUCUUCUUAACUCUGAAGGUCUAAUGAUCCCUAAAUCUCUUCUCCUUCUUCUCAUCAUCAUAGACCUCAUCUACUUCUCCAUCACCAUCCUUCUCUUCUACUUAGGGUUAUAUCCUUCAUAUGACAGGCCACAACCUCCUUCAUGGGAAGACAUCCAACUUGUCUUUGAUAUAACACCUCCAAAGUCCAACCAAGCUUCACCACCUUUCAUGAUCAAGAGCCAACUUCCUGUUCUAAACUUUGCAACCAUUAAACAAAGAAGGUGGUCAUCAAUGGAGGAUGGCGAUCAUGAUGAUAAGGAGAAGACCAUGUGUAUUGUUUGUUUAGGGAGCUUGGAAGGUGAAGAUGAAGUUAGAGAGCUUGGAAAUUGCAUCCAUGUGUUCCACAAGGAGUGCUUAGACAAGUGGGUGGAUAUUGGUCACCAUACUUGUCCUAUGUGUAGGUCUCUCCUCUUGCCUUCAAAGUCCUCCAAGGGAGAUAGAUGGAGGUUUUUUAGUACUAUGGUUAAGCUUUGGUAGAAGAGUAAGAGUUUUAGCUACUUAAUUAAGUACUAAUUAUAUGAUUCAAUUUGUUCAUAAAUAAUGAAGUGAAAUUCAAUUUAAUUAUAACCAUUUAUAUGUAAGAAAGGUGGAUUAUGUUAUGUAGGAUUACUACUGUUCUUAUUAUUUAUCAAUGAUGUAUUUGUAAUGAAACCACUACUUGCUUUGUUUUUUUCCCCUAUGUUAUUUAUGAAAAAUUUUGGGAGAAUGUAUU